GAUAAGGUAAAUACUAAACAGACAAAAAAUUACGAUUGAACAAUUCUACUAAAUAUUCUAUAUUUCUGUAUUUUGUAUUCAACUAUUUAAGGUGUGUCGUAUUUUGAUUCUGUUUGUAUUAUAUUUUAUUCUGUAUGAUAAAGUACUACCGUGUUCUAAAAAUUGGUGCAAUAAAUACAAAAAUACAAUUCGUCCAGAUAAUCAUGUCCAGCAGCAAAGCUGUCGAAAAGUCUGCCAAGAAGUUGGUUCAGAAGUGUCUACCGUUCAAGUUAGUAAAUUCACCUGGCGACGAUGCUAAUUCUAAAUGUCGUAAACGGAAACUUAGUGGCUCUGAAAAUUGCGAAACACGAGUUGAAAAUCCUAAGGUUGAACUGCUCAAUGGAGGGACCAAGUGUUUUAUUAAAUCUGAAAAUGAAGAUAAAAAAAUAACUGAGGAAUUAAAUGAAGAUGAUAUGGGUACUAAAGAAUCUAUUAGUUUAGUUUUAAUUAAGUCAGAAAACAUAAAUGAGAAAGUGAAUGAAGAAAUAAAUGAUGUGGAUAAUCCAAAAAUUGAAGAAAAUAUUAAAGAUGUUGAUACUAUUUCUACAUCAUCAGAUACAGAUAUUGCUUGUAAUAAUGUAUCAGUUGAUUCAACUUCUGGUAUUGAAAUAUUAGAAAAUACUACACCACCUGCAAAGAAGCUUACACCACAACAAAUAUUGAAAAGACAAGAAUCAGCAAAAAGAAAUGAAGAAAGAGAAAGAAUAAAACAGGAAAAAUUAAAAGCUCGAGAAGAAAAACUCAAAGAACAAGCUGAAAAGCAACGUUUAAAAGAACAAAAAAAAAAUGCUGAAAUUGAAGCUAAACGACUACGUGAGUUAGAAAAAAAACAAAAAGAAGAAGAAAAAAAAGCCAAAGAGUUAGAAAAAGAACUAGAGAGAAAAAAAAAAGAAGAAGAAAAAAAAGCCAAAGAGUUAGAAAAAGAACUAGAAAGAAAACAAAAAGAAGAAGAAAAGAAGGCUAAAGAUUUGGAAAAAAUAAAACUAAGAGAAAAAGAAGAGAUGGAAAAGAAAAAAAAAGAAAAGGUUAAAGCUGCUUUUGUUGGGUUUUUUAAACCAAAAAACUUGAAUUUAGAAAUUUCUAAAAAGGAUGAUGACAUAUUUAAUCAAGAACCAAAAGCUUACUUUAAGCCUUUCCAGACUAAGAAUGACAUGAAAAUAGCACCAAUACAAAGAGCAUAUUUAAAUAUUGAUAAAAAAAAAAAUGUGGAUAAAUGUAUUAGUCACUGUGAACAAAAUAAAGACUUAUUGUAUCUAAGUUUAUUAAAAACUGGAAAAUAUAAGCCUUCUAAAUCAGAUGCAACUUGGCCUAUUCAAGUUGAAGAUGAUACAGACGUCAUUAUUAUAGGAACUGGUUCAACAAAUAAUGAAGAUGUGGAUAAAGUUGAUACUAUUAAAAAAAAUUCUCAAAAAUUCCAUUGGAAACUGUUACAAUUUAAUGAAAACAGACGUCCUCCUUAUUGGGGAACAUGGAGAAAAAAAAGUCUUUAUGUAAAACCAAGAAGACCGUUUGCAUGUGAUAAAAUGAUGUUUGACUAUGAUAAUAAUUCUGAUGAAGAGUGGGAAGAAGAAGAUCCUGGUGAGAGUAUAAAUGGUACAGAUAAUGAGGACGAACCUGAAGAUGAUUAUGAAGUUGAUAAUGAUGUUUUUGUUCCACAUGGAUAUUUAAGUGAUGAAGAAGGUCAAGAUAAUGACAGUGAUACUGAAGAAGUACAACAAGAAAAACUAAAGCUCCUUGGAGAAGAAUUUAAAGCUGAAAUCAAUAAAAGAACAGAACGUAUUAAGCCAAAGCUAGUUGGUUGUAUAUGGAUACCAAAUAAUGUUACUAACUCUAUAAAUGUGAAUAAAUUAGUAGCUGAUACGUUACUAAAAUAUCGUUGUGUUUGGGAAGAGAAUGAACCUAUCAUAACAAAAGAAGUGAUCAAAGUAGACUCAUCUAAGGACUUAACUGCUACUGAAACUAAAAAGACUAAAAUACUUCCUGAUUCAAUUAUCCCGGAUUUAAUUACAUUUAUACAUGGUAAUACAAACGGUAUGAAAUUGGCUGUUAAGAAUUUUAUUGAUGAACUGGUCAAAAAUGGCCGAAAUAUUGAUGAUGAUAACUCUAUUUCUUUAUCAACUGUUAAGAAAACUAUAAAAUCUAUUGCAACAAAAUCUACAAAUGUUGCUCCAUGGUUUGUGAGUAAAGAAAACUUUGAAAAAUAUGGAGUUGAAUAUCCUAUUAAUUUAGAAAAUGAAAUUCAAAAAUCAAAUUCUUCUGUUAAAAAAAUAACCAGUUUUAUGACACCUCAAAAUCAAAAAGCAAAAGCCAAUUUAUCGGAAAAGCCGUGUGAUGAAAUGAAUCAAAAUGUGACGGAAUCUAAGAAAGAUGUUUUUAUUCCAAAAAAUCUUUUCAACACUAUAGAGAGCACAAAACCACUAGUAAUGGACAUAGCUAAGGAAGGACAAAAAAUCAAUAUUAUUGGUGGUAAAAAAAGAAUUACACCUAUUCUUUUAUCACCUAAAAAAAAAUUAAAAUCAAUGGUUGACAGAAAAUUUAAAGAUAAAUCUUUGAGCCCCAACACGGAUGAAGUCUGUGAAGAUAUACCUUUCCCUGAUAUUAAAAUACUAUGAAAUGUUCUGAUAUUUCUUUAAAAUGUAGGUAUCUUCAGUUAGAAUUGUUAAUACAUUUG